AUGGGUAAGAAAGGAAGCAACUGGUUCUCAUCAGUGAAGAAAGUUUUCAAGUCUUCUUCUAAGGACUCGCCGGUGCCGGAAAACAAGAAGGAAAAGGAAGAGAGUUGGCAGAAUGAAGUAGCAGAGGAAGUAUCUAUGGAGCAUUUUCCUGCAUAUAGUUCACCAGAUAUCACCAAUGAAGGAAGUACCACAUCGACACCAAUGACGGAAGAAAGAAACCAUGCUAUUGCCUAUGCAGUAUCAGCAGCAGCAGCAGCUGAGGCUGCAGUGGCAGCUGCUAGAGUAGUGAGAUUGUCUGGUUACGGACGUAACUCUAGGGGAGAAAGAGCAGCAAUACUCAUUCAAUCACAUUAUAGAGGAUACCUAGCUCGGCGUGCAUUGCGUGCUUUGAAGGGACUAGUAAGAUUACAAGCACUUGUGAGAGGACAUAAUGUGCGGAAGCAAGCACAAAUGACAAUGAGAUGCAUGCAAGCAUUGGUGAGAGUACAAGGAAGAGUAAGAGCCCGCAGACUCCAAUUGACUCAUGAGAAACAUCAAAGAACAGUUGAGGAAGAACAACAACAUCAUCCUAUGAUAACUGGUUGGGAUUAUAGGCGUCAAAGUAGCCAGAAAAUCAAGGAAAAGGCUCUUCCACACACUUUCAACCGUCAGCAACAACAAAAGCAAUAUUUGCAUAUAGAACCAAGUGUUGAUGAUAUUGAAAGCUAUGUCACUGAACGUGAAAGAGCUCAAUUGGAUUGGAACUGGUUGGAACAUUGGAUGUUAUCACAAUCACACAAUGUUAAGCACUUAGGAUUGGCCCCAGAUGAGACCCCACCAUAUACAACAACCACUGAUGACAUGUCUGAGGAAAAGACAGUUGAAAUGGACAUGAUGGGCCUAAUGAACCAAGAAUAUCAUGAGUUAAGCCCAAUAUCUAAAUACCACCAAAGACAGUACAGUGUACCAAGCUAUAUGGCCCCAACCCUAUCUGCAAAGGCCAAGAUUAGGAGUCAAGGCCCAUCGAAACAUCGGGCUUCAUUUGGGUCUUACUGGAGCUCAUCAAGGAGUCCUACAAUUGGGCUGAGCUAUGACUCAUCCGGCUCUAGCGGGGCCACAGCUGCUCAUGCGAUAACAAGAAGCCCAAGCCCAAAAAUGAAUGGGAUUCGCCUUCAAUCUAAACGGAUUUCGGGUGGUGAGGAUUGGCCCAUCCCUCCUGGAGGUCAUGGCUGGACAAGAUUUGAUUGA